AUGACUGCAUUGUCUCUUCCAUACAUUCUCCUGGCCGUGCUCUAUGUGGAAUGUCUGGUGGGAUUCACAGUAAAUAUGAUUAUUGUGGUGGCUAACUUCAUGAAAUGGAAAAGCCUGAUAUCUCUCCUGACCUGUGAUAAGAUCUUUAGCUCUUUGGCCAUGUCCAGAGCCUUGUAUUUUAUAUGUGUUGCUUUGCGGAACUCCAUCUUUCAACUUCUUCCAUGGCUAAUAAAAAGCAAAAUGUUAAGGUCAACCGUGUACAUUCUGACUUUGUUCAUGUUCUCCAGCAGUCAGUGGUUGGCCACUCUCCUCUGUGUCUUCUACUGUGUGAAGAUUGUGACCUACAACUAUAAACUCUUCAACUUCCUGAAGACCCAGAUCUCCACCAUGGUCCCGCAGUUUAUUCUCGUUUCUCUGAUAAUCUCACUGAUCUCCAACCUUCCAUUGGGUUGGUUUGGCUUUAAAUUAGAGCCACAAAAUUUAUUGAAUGGUUCCAAUGAAUCUAUGAUGGACUAUGGAAGUGGUAUUGUUCCAGACUUUAAUAGUCGGUUCCUGAUCUUUACUGUCGGCUCCUUUCCACCAUUUGUAAUAUUUUUUGUUGCCAACUCACUGUUAAUCCAUUUCCUCCUCAUUCACGCCAGACGGGUGAGGAGCAAUGAGUCACAUAUCCAGAGCCCAAACCUAAAAUCUCACUUUGAUGCAUUGAAAAAGUUAUUUGUUGAUAUCUUUAGCUUCAAGUCAUCAAGUCCAUAUAAACCAAACAAAAGACUGAAGAUCAGUGAGAUCAGCAGAGAGACCCAAAUCAACCAUGGGACCAUGGUGGAAAUCCGGGUCUUCAGGAAGAUGAAGAGUUUAUAG